CUGUUGGCAUUUUUGGUCUUCAUUGCGGCUGACGUGAUAUUAGCAGCGCAAAAAAAAACCAAAAGGCAUACGUGUGCAAGUAAAUGCUUGCGUCAUCAGGUAUGUGCAGCUGCAGCGCGCGCAUAAGAUGCGCGGCUGUGUAAUUUAGACACACUCCGCUUCUAUCAUUCCUUUCGUUAUUGUCUCCAUCCAUCCAGCCAGCCACCCAUUCCUGCGUCCCUCUCCUCCCCUCGGGGCUGCUGGUGGAGGAAACCACCCACCCCCCACCACCACCACCACACACGCCAAUGAGAACGGGAGGACGCUCUAGCAGGACAUCCAAGAGAUCCAAGAGGACGGAGGUUCGGCUUCAUCGGGGCACGGUGAGGGCGUGUAAAACGGCUGGGGAGAGGCCGCCCCACGCGUGUCUUUGACGCCGCGUCCUGUCCGUCGGUGGAUGGCUCGGCAGCUGUUGCAAGCAGGGAGGAGGAAGCUGUUCGCCGCUCUCAUCUCCACUACGAAGGCAUGGACAUUUAAAAACAACGCGGAAUUCUCCGUCUUUCUCCUUUUUGCACGGUGUUUUAUAUUUUUCAACCAAUGAAAUGAUUUUUCCCCCCUCUCACGUUCGAGGCUUGUGAGAUCCUACACUUUAAGGUAAAAUUAGCAGUGGCACGUAACACUACCAAAUAUUGCGGAUGUUUUAGAAAUAAUUAAAUAAAUAAUAUGGUCGCGUUUCAUUUCCGAUGCUUUUUAAGUGAACGCGGUGGUUUCAGGGAUGGCGAAUUGCACGAAAACCACGAAACAUUUGAGCUGUUUUUUUUUGUGUUUUUUUUUUAACAUUAGAUGCCGUGAAUGUGAUUUAUUACUGAGGCUCGUGUCGUUUUAAAGGCGUCUGUACUGUAAUGACAUGUUGUCAUGACAGAGAAGAACUAAAUCUUGUGGUGCCUGUGGAGCGGUCUUGAUGCGGCAGGCAUGACCAACCAUGGUUCAUGUUGAAUAAGUCCCCAUGAUCUGGCGGUGGAUGGGGGGUGGUCAUCCUCAGGGUUUGGACGGAUCCAAGACGAGCGUAGGACUUGAGACGCCCUUCAUUGUGAACCGAAAGACCAAACAUUUGAUUCCUCGCACCCACGAUUUGCACCUGGCAGAGACGCAGAGGGAAGGUGGUCUGUGCAUGGGCCCCCGGGUUGCUUAGACCAGAGGCUGCAGAACCGCAACCCAUUUGAACAUAUGAGAUGUUCUGAUCCGGAUGGGAUGUAAUGUGUGGCUGUGCAGCUGAGCACCGGUCUCCUUCUCCGCUGCUUCGUCAAGAUUGGCUUCUGGUUUCCGGAGAAUGGCACGGUUUGGAGACGAGGUACCGGCCAGGUACGGAGGAGGGCCCGGCGGAGGGGGCCCGGGUGGCCGUGGCGGAGGGAGACAAGGAGGGCCACACGGACACGGACAUGGUCACGGGCACGGACAUGGACAUGGCCACGGACAUGGGCACGGGUUGGGCCACGGUCCAGCAGGGGGGCCAGGAGGCCAGAGAAUGUACAAGCAAUCCAUGGCUCAGAGGGCCCGGACUAUGGCCCUGUACAACCCGAUACCUGUACGCCAGAACUGUUUCACUGUCAACCGCUCCUUGUUCAUUUUCAGUGAAGAUAACUUUGUGAGAAAAUACGCCAAAAAGAUCACCGAAUGGCCUCCAUUUGAGUGGAUGAUUCUCGCCACCAUCAUUGCCAACUGCAUCGUCCUGGCCCUGGAACAACAUUUGCCCGACGGUGACAAGACCCCACUGUCUGGACGUCUGGACGCUACAGAGAUGUAUUUCAUUGGCAUCUUCUGUUUUGAAUCUGGUAUAAAGAUCCUGGCUCUGGGUUUUGCCUUCCACAAGAACUCGUACCUGAGGAAUGGAUGGAAUGUCAUGGACUUUGUGGUGGUGCUCACAGGGAUUCUGUCCACUGUGGGCUCAGAUUUUGACCUGCGGACCCUCAGAGCUGUUCGAGUUUUGAGGCCCCUCAAACUGGUGUCUGGUAUUCCCAGCCUACAGGUGGUGCUCAAAUCCAUCAUGAAGGCCAUGAUUCCUCUGCUACAAAUUGGCCUCCUGCUUUUCUUCGCCAUUCUCAUGUUCGCCAUCAUCGGCUUGGAGUUUUACAUGGGCAAAUUCCACAAAACCUGCUUUGACAAUCACACAGGGGAGAUCCGAGAAGAGUUCCCAUGUGGGACGGAACCUCCGUCGCGAUUGUGUCCAGAGGGUACCACGUGUCGAAAGUACUGGCUCGGUCCAAACUAUGGCAUCACCCAGUUUGACAACAUCCUUUUUGCUAUCCUCACCGUCUUCCAGUGUAUCACAAUGGAGGGCUGGACUGAACUGCUGUACUAUAGCAACGAUGCCUCAGGGAGCGCAUGGAACUGGAUGUAUUUCAUCCCCCUUAUUAUCAUUGGCUCCUUCUUCAUGCUCAACUUGGUGCUGGGUGUGCUGUCAGGGGAGUUUGCCAAAGAGAGGGAGCGAGUGGAAAACAGAAGUGAGUUCCUGAAGCUGAGGAGGCAGCAGCAGAUUGAAAGGGAACUCAAUGGUUACUUGGAGUGGAUCUGCAAAGCUGAAGAGGUUCUCUUGGCAGAUGAUGAAAAUGAAAAUGAUUAUGACGGCUCCCGCAGGAGAGCCACCAAGAACCACAAGAGCAAAGCUGAGCUUCUAAACCCAGAGGAGGGGGAGGGAGACCUGGCAGUUGGUUCACCAUUUGCCCGCGCUAGCUUAAAAAGCUCAAAGCUAGAAGGAUCAACUUUCAAGAGGCGAGAAAGACGACUGCGCUUCUUUAUCCGACAUAUAGUGAAGUCCCAGGCCUUCUACUGGACUGUACUAUGUUUGGUGGGCCUCAACACGCUGUGUGUGGCUGUCGUGCACUACGACCAGCCAGAACCACUUUCAGAUUUUCUAAAUUAUGCUGAAUUCAUCUUCCUGGCAAUAUUCUUGACGGAGAUGUUUGUCAAGAUGUAUGGUCUGGGAAAGCAGGCAUACCUCAACUCCUCUUUCAACUGCUUCGACUGCAUUGUGAUCUGUGGCAGCAUAUUUGAAGUGCUGUGGUCCAUUAUCCAGCCGGGCACGUCAUUUGGCAUCAGCGUUUUACGAGCUCUCAGGUUAUUGAGGAUCUUCAAGGUCACCAAGUAUUGGGCAUCUUUAAGGAACCUUGUCGUGUCUUUGCUCAACUCCAUGAAGUCCAUCAUCAGCUUGCUCUUCCUCCUCUUCCUCUUCAUAGUUGUCUUCGCCCUGCUGGGAAUGCAGCUCUUCGGAGGACAGUUUAAUUUUGAAAAUGGCACUCCUUCAACAAACUUCGAUACCUUCCCAGCAGCAAUAAUGACAGUGUUUCAGAUCCUGACAGGUGAAGACUGGAACAUGGUGAUGUAUGCGGGCAUCAAGUCUCAGGGCGGAGUCAACAAGGGCAUGGCCUUCUCAGUCUUCUUUAUCGUGCUCACUCUUUUUGGCAACUAUACUCUGCUGAAUGUCUUCUUGGCUAUCGCUGUGGACAAUUUGGCCAACGCACAGGAGCUAACCAAGGAUGAGCAAGAGGAGGAGGAGGCUGCCAGUCAGAAGAUCGCGUUGCAGAAAGCCAAGGAGGUGGCGGAAGUCAGCCCCCUGUCGGCUGCCAACCUCUCCAUAGCAGCCAACAAAGUACACAGUGAUUGUCACAACGCUACUGACCCCUUUCUGGACUGUAAGGAGCAGCAGAAGAACCACAAUAAGGGGCUCAAUAAGUCUGUGUGGGAGCAGCGCACCAAGGAGCUGAGGAAGCAAACUCUGGCAUCAAGCCGAGAAGCCCUCUACAACGAGCUGGACACUGAAGAUCGCUGGAAGGCAAGGACAGGGAGGGAAGAACACAACGAUGUCAACUACUCGCGCCAUGUCCGACCAGAUAUGAAAACUCACCUGGAUCGACCUUUGGUGGUUGACCCCCUGGAGAACCGCAACAACAAUACCAACAAGAACACUGACAACAAUCCAGACCUCUGCUUCAGCCAGCAGCAUCCUGCCGAUGACCUCCACAGAAAAACGCGCCACCACGAACACGGUGGUCAAGGAGGCCCCAUCAAAUCUCCUCCAGAGCGAGGCGAGUCUACUGAGAGCAGGCGUAGCCGGAAAGGUACGCAUCACCAUCGUAGCUCCCAUGUACGAUUGGAUACAACUGCGAUUCCCGGGCCGGGCUCGGAGGAGAGGCCGACGAGGCGCCAUCAUCACAAUCGCAGCGGAAGUCGAGGGACAGGACAGUCCGAACACAGGAGACCUAGAAUGCAUCGCAGGAAUGAUGAAGACGAAGAUGGUCGAGAAGGAGCUGGAAAAGCAGGAAGACACAAGAACAAAGGGGUCGAAGAAGGUGGGGAGGGAGAAGAGAAGGAAGCAGCUGUUGAUGGAAGUGAGAGGAGGCCGAGAAGAGGUCGCCAUAACAACCAGAUGGAAGGAGAGGGGAAGAAGAUGUGCCAGCAUCGACGGAAGGAUGGUAGUGUUCUCAACCUCUCCACCACGAGGCCCAUCCAAAAGAGGCUGUCCAGGCAGGACAGGCAGGACAGUGAAGAUAUGGACAACCUCAUGAAUACCAAACUGGUUUCAGGCUCCGCCCCUUCCAUCGAGCAUCACCCAAUUCCACUUGCCAACCACACUGCAGACCCCGGCUUUGAAUCCGCCUUCCAACUUGCUAACAGUGGCGGUCGAGGGAGUUUAGUCAGAUUAGACAGCUACGGGAACGUCGGACAUCGCCGUGCCAACAACAUCAUCAGACAGCCCCACCCCGACCACAUGGCUGUGGACAUGCCAAUUUUUCCGUCCACCAAUGCCAUCCUGCAGGUCAAUAAAAAUGCAAACACAGAGCCUUUACCAGCGAAGGAGGACAAGGACGAUGAUGAUGAUGAUGCAAAGGGAGGUGAUGGAGGACCCAGGCCCAUGCCUCCCUUUACCUCCAUGUUUAUACUGACCACCACUAAUCCGUUUCGUCGGGCCUGUCACUACAUCUGCACCCUGCGCUACUUUGAGAUGUGUAUUCUGCUGGUCAUUGCCAUGAGUAGUAUUGCCCUUGCUGCCGAAGACCCCGUCUGGCCUGAUUCUACUCGCAACAAUGUCCUGCGCUAUUUUGAUUAUGUCUUCACUGGAGUGUUCACAUUUGAGAUGCUAAUUAAGAUGGUGGACCUGGGGUUGGUCUUGCACCAGGGCUCUUAUUUCCGUGACUUGUGGAACAUCCUUGACUUUAUUGUGGUUAGUGGUGCGCUGGUGGCCUUCGCCUUCACGGGGAGCAGCAAAGGAAAAGAUAUCAGCACCAUCAAGUCUCUGAGGGUUCUCAGAGUGCUGCGGCCACUUAAGACGAUAAAACGUCUUCCCAAACUCAAGGCUGUUUUUGACUGUGUGGUGAACUCUCUGAAGAACGUCCUCAAUAUUCUGAUCGUCUACCUGCUCUUCAUGUUCAUCUUUGCUGUGGUGGCUGUGCAGCUCUUCAAGGGACGUUUCUUUUUUUGCAGUGAUGAAUCCAAAGAGUUUGAGCGUGACUGCAGAGGCGAGUUUUUGGUGUAUGGGCGUGAUAACGAAGUGAAAGCACAGAAACGGGAGUGGAAGAAGUACGAAUUCCACUACGACAAUGUGGCUUGGGCCCUGCUCACCCUCUUCACCGUGUCAACCGGAGAGGGGUGGCCGGAUGUGCUGAAACAUUCAGUGGAUGCGACUUACGAGAAUCAGGGCCCCAGCCCGGGGUAUCGGAUGGAGAUGUCCAUCUUUUACGUCGUGUACUUCGUGGUCUUCCCCUUCUUCUUUGUCAAUAUCUUCGUGGCUCUCAUCAUCAUCACCUUCCAAGAGCAAGGGGACAAAAUGAUGGAGGAUUAUAGUUUGGAAAAGAAUGAGAGAGCUUGUAUCGAUUUUGCCAUCAAUGCCAAGCCUCUGACUCGCCACAUGCCCAAGAACAAGCUCAGCUUUCAGUACCGCAUGUGGGAGUUUGUGGUGUCGCCGCCAUUUGAGUACACUAUCAUGGCAAUGAUCGCGCUCAACACAAUUGUCCUUAUGAUGAAGUAUGAUGGAGCUUCAGAUAUCUACGAAGAUGUGUUAGCCAACCUCAACAUAGUGUUUACCUCUCUCUUCUCCAUGGAGUGUGUACUCAAGAUUAUUGCCUUUGGAGCACUGAAUUAUUUUAAAGAUGCCUGGAACAUUUUUGACUGUGUGACUGUUCUAGGCAGCAUCACUGACAUUCUGGUUACUGAAUUUGGGAAUAACUUUAUCAACCUGAGUUUCCUGAGGCUGUUCAGGGCAGCUCGCCUCAUCAAGUUGCUGAGGCAAGGAGAAACAAUUCGCAUCUUGCUCUGGACCUUCGUUCAGUCCUUCAAGGCUCUGCCUUAUGUAUGCCUCCUCAUUGCCAUGCUCUUCUUCAUCUAUGCCAUCAUUGGGAUGCAGCUUUUUGGCAAUAUUGCUAUUGAAGAAGACGGAGAGGGUGCCAUCGACCAACACAACAAUUUCAGGACCUUCGUUCAGGCUCUCAUGCUGCUCUUCAGGAGUGCAACUGGGGAGGCGUGGCAUGAGAUCAUGCUGGCGUGUCUGGGGGGCAAACCGUGCGACGAGCUGUCAGGGAAUACAGAGCCGGAGUGUGGCAGCCAAGUGGCUUACCUCUACUUUGUCUCCUUCAUCUUCUUCUGUUCAUUUUUGAUGCUGAAUCUGUUUGUGGCUGUCAUCAUGGACAACUUUGAGUACUUGACCAGAGAUUCUUCCAUACUUGGACCUCACCACUUGGAUGAGUAUGUCAGAAUAUGGGCCGAGUAUGAUCCUGCUGCCUGUGGCAGAAUCAGUUGCAGGCAAAUGUAUGACAUGCUGAGGCACAUGUGUCCUCCACUAGGCCUCGGGAAGAGGUGUCCUGCACGGGUGGCCUACAAGAGACUGCUCCGCAUGGAUCUGCCCGUGGCUGACGACAACACGGUCCACUUUAACUCCACCCUCAUGGCUUUGAUCCGCACUGCGCUGGACAUCAAGAUCGCCAAGAUUUCUGAAGGUGGCAUUGACAAGCACCAGAUGGAUGCAGAACUGAGGAAAGAGAUGAUGGCCAUCUGGCCCAAUCUCUCCCAGAAGCAUCUAGACUUGCUGGUUACGCCCCACAAGUCAGCGACAGACCUCACAGUUGGCAAAAUCUACGCUGCCAUGAUGAUCAUGGAGUACUACCGCCAGAGCAAGAUCAAGCGCUCGCAGGCACUCCGGGAUGAGCAGAAUCGAACGCCAUUACUGUUUCAGCGCGUGGAACCGCCUUCCCCCACCCAGGACGGAGGUCCGGGCCUCAACAAUGCCCUCCCUCCACCUGAGACAACAGAGACAAUGAGCAACCUCCCUGUGGAAGCCGGGGUCCCGGAGAGCCACUCAUGGGUCACAGCGCGUGCUCAGGAGAUGUCUCAAAAGGUCGGAAGCUGGAGCCCUGAAGAUGGCCUGGGAAGCAUGACCACCUCCCAGACGGUAGAGAUGAGAGAGAUGGGGCAGGAUGGUUACUCGGAUACUGAGCACUUUCCACCAAUGGACGGCCACGGCAGGGCCGCUUCCAUGCCCCGCCUACCAGGCGACAACCAAAAGCGGAGGAAGGGGAAGCAGCGUGGCAGUCACCUCAGUACCAUCAGUGACAACAGCCCCAUGAAGCGCUCGGCCUCAUCGUUAGGUCACAGCAGGUCAGGGCGCGGCAGCCGAGACAAAGGAGGCCCAGAUGCUUACAACAUGGAGCGUGUAAUAUCUGAGGAAGGUCGGGCUUCCCGGCACGGGCACAGGAGAAAAGAGCGCAGUCAUCGUGCCUCCGAGAGGUCACUGUGUCGCUACACGGAGGCUGACACAGGUCUUGGCACAGACACCCAGUCAGUUGACCUGAUGUCCAAGGACAGGGAUCGGGACAGAGAUCGUGGCAGGUCCAAAGACCGCAAGCACCAUCACCAUCAUCACCACCAUCACAGUUCCGUGGACAAAGAACGCUACGCUGCGGAGCGAGGUGGAGAGUACGGCCGCAAGCCUUCUCGUGACAGAGAGCCCGACAGGGAGAGGGAGCGAGAAAGGGACCCGCGCUGGUCACGAUCCCCCAGCGAGGGUCGUGACUGCAUGACACACAGACAGGGCAGUAGUUCAGUCAGUGGAAGUCCUGUUCCAUCAACCUCCGGGACUAGCACGCCGCGCCGAGGCCGACGACAGUUGCCUCAGACACCCGCGACGCCCCGCCCCCACGUUACGUACUCCCCUGUAGUCCGUAAGGCCGUGCCCUCGCAACCUGCGGGGCCGCAGGGGCGGGCACCAGCCCCAGCACCCCGACGAUUAUCUCCUGAUGCCCCCCAAGGUCAGGUUCCUCUUGCUGGCGUUCCGCCGACCCACCAUGGCGUGCCCCGCCAGGGUCAUCACCCCCCACUUCGCUGGGCGGACACAGAUGGAGGAUCCAUAGAAGGGGACGGCUGCUUUUACAACCAAAACUACAUACCCCACCAUGAACCACCCGCCCACGAGCCAGGCAGCAACCCCCACCCGCACCCGCACCCGCACCCCUUGGCCAGCCACCCAUUGCCACCUCCUCCCCAACCACAGCCACGCAACCUACACCCCCUCCCUCCACCCCAGCCGCACCCGGUAAACAACCCCCACCCUCACCCCUUGCCGCCAUACCCACAGCCAAACCGUACCUCACCUCGGACCGUCCACCACGUGCCCCCUUCAAGCACUCCCCUGACCGGGCCCCUUCAGGGUCAAGUGCAACCUCCCGUCCAACGUCGCCUACCCAACGGUUACCGCGCUUCGUCACCUUCCACACAUCUCCAUGGACCCCAACACAGUGGGCCUCACAAGGUACCACCCCCAGGGGGACACCCUAGAGGACCCCGCAAGGGCCUGCACGAACACUAUUGCGAGAAGGAGCAGGACGACUGGUGCUAGCCUCUGGGGAUCGGAGAGGGACGUAAGGAUGCGGACUUACGUGACAUCAGCCCUUCUCUUUGCCAGUCCUUGAAAUGUCGCGGGAACGCUGGGCUUGACCAGGCGUCAGGAUGAAGGAAUGAAACACGGAUGCUUAGGCACGAGCGGGGAGGGGGAGGAAAUACAAUACAGGAAGGGGUACCAAACGUGCAUUGAUGUUGCAUUCAUCACUUAGCAAACGUCAAACUACAACUUUGAAGGAUGCAAAUAGGAGGGGUGAUCUUAAAUUCUGCCUCUGGUCAAGAGCUACAGCCACUUACAAGAUGUCAAGAGUUGCGACUCAAAAAAAAAAGAAAAAAAAAACAAAAGAAAAAGAGAAAAAAAAAGACACUUUACAGUCAGAGAUAAAAAUAAGAUUUAGUUUUUUUUUUUUUACUUCCUAAAGCUAACUUGAAUUGUAUUAGCUGGAAAGGAAGUCAAUUCCAAAGCCACUUGUUGAAUAUUGAUGAGUUUUAUCAUCUGUGUCUUUAAAUAAGAACAAAACUGACGCCGAGCCCUCCGCCUGUAUGAGGCGAGAGGCGUACUGUAAGUGGGUGGGAUAGUUGGGGGUGAGGGGGGAUGUCGACUCGGGUUGAAUGGAACCCGAGGAUGUUUACCCUUAUUCCUGGAGAUCGCCCUCCACCCGGGAACAGACUACUCACACCGUCGUCCGCCGUGUUGAAGAAAAACAGAGUGAUGAUGGGUUUAACCACCAAACCAGUUUUCUGCAGCAUUUCUUCUUCUCUUACUGCAGCUUCUGCUUCUUCCGCUUCUUCUUCAAAACACUCAAGCGUGAAUCUUCUGUUGUACAACCACACAGCUUUUUUAAGACGUGUGUAACCCUGUGUGAUCUUGCAUGAAUGAUUAAAAGGAAAUACUAGGAACAAUGAGAAUCUACUGUAUGUAAGGGGAGGGAUAUUUUUCUUCCUGUUGUAGGCUGUAGGUUUCUGCCCUUUUUUGGGGGGGGAUUACCUUUCUGUUUCUCUCUCUUUCUUCCCCUUUUUGACAUUCCUCUCUAUAUAACCUCAUAUUCAGUCAAAAGGUCAUAGAGAGGUCAUGUGUCAUUGUAAGUAAGAAAAAAAAAAAAAAAGAAUUAUUGCUUGCGUGUCUCAAUGUUGUGUGCCAAAUGCCUGCCACUCACGCAGAUGGAAAUGCACUUUUUUCUUCUGAACUUUUUUAACAACGGUGAUAAUCUUAAAAUGAUAAACUGGCAAGCAGGGUAAAGUGGAUGUGGCAGCAUUCGUCUUUAUUGGAAACAUUUCUGAGCUCUUCCAGAUACUCCGGUGAGAAACAGAUGGACAGAAAGGUGGAGAGUGGAGAGAAACUUGUUUUCUUUGACCAUAACAAGGGAACGCGUACAUGCAAUGUAAUAAUCAUGUGGAUCAUAAAAUGGAUUGUCCCAUUUUAGGAAUAUGUCCAGCUAGCCACUUUUCAAACCCUGGGGUGCAACUCUGCCCCAUUGCAUCAUGGGAGAUUGAUUUUCUUGUCUAGAUAAGGUGCCCAAAAAGUAAUUUUUAAGUUUAAGGCUACACUGGAACCUUCAAAGUUGACCAGAAUUUAUACUGUGACUUCAAAUUAAUUCAAUUUAAAAAAUAAAAUACAUAUUUCAGUUCAGAUCAAUUAGAUUACAGGGAUGCAAGAAGUUGUCUUGCGUAGCCACAUUUCACUUUGCAUAUGUAUCAUUUACCAUAUAAUUUGAUCAAUAACCGUAAAGACACUAAAAAGUCUAAUUUGGCAAUUGUUUUAAUGCUGAAACAGCUACACCUAAAGUCCAAUUUUCAAAAAGUUGUUGAUGAUUUUAAACUUUAGGCAUUCAUUGUAAAGGCAAUCCUUAUUGAAAGAGCAAAUAUUGGUGUCCCUCUGAAAUACACUUCUUGCAAAACGGUGAAGACAAAAGUGCAUAACGGUAAAGACACGCAGCUUCAUAAAAAUCGUAUGACUUGCACAAUUUACAUUACACGUGUUGCCCGCCAAAUUCUGUGGAUCAAAAUGUAUAAAUGAUCCUAUAACUUUUCAUUAAACCCAUUACAUUCUUGUCUUUAUACAAUUGUAAUCAUGGUAAAAUCCUGCAGUAGUUCCAAUUCAUUCACACAUAUUCAGUCAUAUCUCAGAAAUCAAACCAUUUAUUUUGCUGUCUACUAUUCUAAUGCAAAAUAGCUGCCUCAUCCUGGCACUUAAGCUCACAGAUCCCUCUGGUGUACUGCAACAACAUAAUGAGGCUCUCUCCAGUGCCAUUAACGGGAAAGACAGCUUGAGUGACAAAGACAAAUCAUUUGUAAAAGAACCAAAAAAAGGAACUCUGAAGACACAAAGAUGCAUUUGUGUUAGUUUUCAUGGGCAAUAGGAGAAAUAUCCUAUAUAUAUCCAAAAAUGUAAUUAGCAUCUUCAGAAAUGUUGCAAAUCAUGAAACUUCAUUUGGUACACAUAACAGUAUAGACAUUUUGUCAUUCAAAGUCUGAAAAUUAUUACUUCAGAUUUUUUUUUCUUAAAAACAAUAACAUUUUGAAUGAUAACAACUGCCUUUAAUUCAAACACUUAUAUCAGUAAAUUUGAUUUUCAACCUGAACUUUAAUGGGGUAUGUCUUUACCAUUAUUGAUCAAAUUAUAUAAACAUGAACCAUAUACAUUCCAUCUUUUUUUAUUUAUUUAUAGUAUGAUGCUUAUGAGCAUUAGCAUUUUAAUAUUAUUGCCAACACUUGUUUUUUUUCACUGCACAGUACCAACUCAGCACAGUUACAUUUGCUACAGGAUCGGUUAGUUGAUUUUCCACUUCGAAAUAGUACUGCGAGAAACAGCAUCAGUCAGAAAAAGACACGCUAACAACAACGAUGCCAGAGGUCUCAUGUACUUACCUCUCAGCAUGUGGCUGUUGGCCAAAUUUUAUUCGAGAAGAGAUGGAGAACCGCUGCAGCAAAGUGGAGACUGAGGAGUAUAAUACUGCAUAAUAACAACAGGGGAGGCUACAUUAGCAAGCAUGCAUAUUUUUGUCAUUUUAAUCAUGUCUCAAUAUCAGUACUCUACAAGAAAUAGUACUACCUGCAUCCUUAAUGCGGAGUUGUGUCAUUCGGUACUGAGCAGCCUGGAUAGGGACCAGGCAACUGCGUAGCUACUUUGAAUACAAGACCAAGCCAACUAGGCAAAACCCUGUUCUUUUUUUACAAUUAGCACCUACGACGGGAACAUGUGUGCUGCCUUCCAACGUCAUGCAUCUAGAUUCUGUGAUCCUAAUUUUCCUCUUUGCCAUCACUGACAACCUUCAGUGGAAAAAUACACUUGCAGAACAUAUCAAGAAUAUUUUGGUUGCAGCCUUAAGGGUGUUCGACGUUGGAGGUUCCAGUGUAUUUUGACAAUUUGGAUGGAGAACGGUGUCAAACCACGGCUUCAUGGGGCCUUAAGCAGCAUUUGAUUUUGCACCCCCAUUCCACCAGGUUUAUAGAGGGUGUGCCAAAAGUCACUAUUCACUUCUUCUCUUAUCAUAUCAUUUCAGGCCAUCGGCGUUUGAUGACUUAGGCCUGGCAGUUUUUUUGUAAGCAUGCCCUUCCCCGUGGCUCGCUAUUUGACACUGGAGCAGCGUUGCAAAACUCCCACCUGGCAAGAAGUUUUUCUCUCCCCGACUGCAGUUCAGCACCGGUUUGAGAAGCUCAAAGCACACACAGUACAAUUUACACAUGGCAAAAUUCCCGAAACAGGAUCUGUUCUUGAGAAACAACGCAGCAGAAAGUUUGCUAUUACCACUACCGAUGCAAACACCAAACUCCUAGAGCAGGCGUUCUCCCAAAACCGGGGAAAGGGGCUGCAAUUCGACAUCAACAAACCCUUCAGCAGAUGAUUCGGCGAGUGAUAAAAACUUUACCCGCAUAGACUUCAGGUCGUUCGAAAGUUUCACACAGAAGAUGAUGAUGCUUGACAACCUGAAGUCAGUAUGUUAGGCUUCAUCACGUUCUCAAGCAAACAGGUGCUGAACUGCGGAAGCAAUUCUGCUCCAAUGUCAAUUGACGAGCCAUGGGCAAGGAAUGAUAUGCUUAGAAAAAGCGCGAAGACUAAGCUGUUAAAUGCUGACGGCUUCCCAUCUGUCCCAGUGAUACCUGUAACAAACUAGAAAAACGUGUAUGUGUAUAGUGACUUUUUGGACACCCUGUAUAUUUGUGUUAAAAAAUAUAUAUGUACUGUAUCCUCACGCUUUUUGGGCCCCAAGCAGCUGCUUAGUUUGCUUAUGACCCCAGCCACACAUCCCAUGUCCUGUAUUUUCAAAAUUCCCAUCCUGCACUGAGGCAGUUCCACCCAUGACCUUCAUGAUCGCAUCCCUCUGCCCACACUUGUAACCCUUAUAGACCAAGAAAACAUUUGAGCUCAAUCUGCCACAACACUACUACAGGCUGCCUUGUCUGUUUGAACCCACACAGGCAAGUUAAUUACACAAGGUCAGUAGCUAAAAACUUGUAUGUGGUCCAAGAAAACACUAACGCUUUGUAUCACUCAUGUGUAUAUAUCUAAUUUGUUUCUGUGUUUCUACGUGUGCCUCGGACUAACGCAUUUCACAAACACCACUGUCAGCAUUCUUGGGGUUAUGUGAAACUGUUAUUUUCUGUUUUAGCUGGAGACCGAUCACAGAUUGACCACAGAAUGCACCCGAAAAAAUGAGCAAAGACGAGAAAAAACAAAACAAAAAGAAACCUAUCAGUGUCUUUCCAACCUCAGCGGAAUGUCACGGAAAAGUAUUUUUUCACAACACUUUGGAAUGAGAUAGCACAUAAGUUAUGUAGCAAAUACUUGUGGUGUGUGUGUGGCUGUGUGUGCGCAUGUGUGUUAGAGGGAGUGAUAUUUUUCCACAUUUUUCAUUGGUUGCAACUUUUUGGUCUCAAGAAAAACCCCUCAGAUGUUGUGGGUGUGUGUGUUUGUGCUACUGUCUUUCUGUCUUUGUGCGGCAAAACAUUUGACAUCCCACCUUUAUCGUGAGGACAUUUUUCUUUGGGUGGAUAUUUUUACUGAUCCAUACCUAAAAAAAAUAUAUAUAUAUAAAAUUCAAAAUUGUAUGCGCGAUGUCAAAACAGAUGGAACGUGCAAAGCUGAGAUCACUCACCAUCCUUUUUUGUUUGUUUGUUUAUGCUGCAGUGAAAUCUACACUAAUUAACCACACUAAGUCUUCAAAAAGCAAUGUAAAGCCGCAAAUGAGAAGAAAAGAAUCUUUGUUUGUUUUUUUAAAUAGAAAUGUUUUAAAAAAAAAAAAAAAAAAAAGGUUUAAAAAAUAUCUAUAGUUCAAGAACUGCAUGUGCUAUGUGCAUGCCACACUGUGGGUUAACAGUCAUCUUCAGGACAUAAAAGAAAAACAGACUAAUGAAUUCAUAGAUGUUUUAAAAAAAAAAAGAUAUAUAAAUAGAUGUUUUUAAAAAGCAACCUUUUUUUCUUCUAUUUUUGAGAACAAAAAAUAUUACAAAAAAGGACCAAAAAAAUAAAAAUAGGGGAUCGAAACACAAAAGAGACUUUGGUGAGAGUCUAUUUGUUUUUUUCCCCUGUGACAUGAGCUUGAGGCACCACACAAAGUUGAAUGUUGAAGACACCACAGAAUAUGGGGGGGGAAUGUAAACAAAGAAAGGAAGUGCAGAUCCAAUGAUGAUUAUGAUGAUGUGUUUUGUCGAUAUUGUUCGUGCAGGGCGAGGGAUACCAAAUUGGAUCAUACUAACUGCCUGUGGAAUCUCUUUUCUCUCCUUUUCUCGCUUUCCAAACGCUGUCUCUUUCACACUCUUAAUCUCUCUUUCACUCUCAACCUGUCUCAGCACAAUUUCUACCAGUGCAUUUUGUAAUUCCGAACAGAACUCUUCCUAAAGAAUAAUAAAUGAAUUAAAAAAAAACUGAGAGAAUGCA